AUGCCAAAGCCAUGCCAGCUUUACUCACCACUUAUAAAUGCUGCUUUGACAAUGGCCUACCUUCACCUCUCAAUCAUGGUGCUCUGCAGAGAUGCCAAACUGACCAAAACUCCAACUGUGCCAAUAUAUGGGCUGACAUCUCCAGCUUUCAUUGCUAAGGAGAACUUAGAAUUCUUCGAUUCUUUAUCAACUCUGUCCUCCAUCGACUUCAAUUUAAACCUGCACUUUGUAGUAAGAGCAGCCUAUGUUUUGCCAUUUAUUCUGGUCUUUUUUUCCUCUACAGAAAAGUGGACAGUCACCACUUCCACUGGACACGUGGUGGCUACAGUGGGAGGAAAAGCUGAACUUAGCUGCCAAUUGUCCCCAUCACAAAGUGCAGAGCACUUGGAGAUACAAUGGUUUAGGGGUAACACUUCCAAUACUAUUCACCUUUACAGAGGUGGCCAUGAAGUGAAUGAAAAAGUUGCCCCAGAAUAUAUGAAUCGCACAGAGUUUGUGAAAGCAGCCAUUGGGAAGGGUAAAGUGACUCUCAGACUUCAUAAUAUCAGUGUUUCUGAUGAUGGACCAUACCAUUGUUCAUUUAAAGAUGACCACUUCAGUGAUGCUGCCAGCAUAAACCUGAGUGUAGCAGCACUAGGUUUGAACACAGGUAUCCAUAUUCAGGCUUAUACCUUGAAAAAACUUAUAGAAUGUAACUCAGGAGGAUGGUUCCCAGAGCCCCACAUGGAGUGGAGAAACAGCAAGGGAGAGAUCAUUCCGCAUUUUUCAAAAUCCUUUUCACAGGAUAAAGCCAGAUUAUUCCACAUGAAGAUGACUCUGUUCCUCACCAAACAUUCAUCGGACAAUAUAACUUGCUACAUAUUCAACCCUCUAAUAGGUAAAGGAAGACAAACAAAUGUGACCAUAACAGAGAUUAAAUAUUCCUGUUUUAAAAGGAUGCAUUCAAUUAUAUCUCAAUUACUGUGUUACAUCAUCUUGGGAAUAGUCACCUUUACUUAUAUACGUUAUCGGAACCCAGGUUAA